AUGUCUAUAGGCUUCGACCACCCUGGCCCCGACUCUGGCGCUGGUAGCCAGCAGGAGCAGCUGCACCAGCUGCAGCACCCGCAAUCGCAGCAGCAGUCCCCCGUCCACAGCCAACACGUCAACGGCGGCACCUCCACCACCACCUCAGCCUCCCACCACGAGCCCACCACUACUGGUCCGGACCGCCCCAGCAGCAGCCAUACUGCUACGCAGUUCCUCGCCUUCGCCGACGUGUCCUGCGACAUUUCUCGCCUGCAUAUCGACACCACCGACCGGCCUCGACACCAUCUUCAGCAAUCGCAGCUGCAUCGCACAGACCACCUGGCUUCGUUCGAUAGCCCGCCGCACCCCAUCUCACGCCCCGUCUCGAGCUCCUCCGCCUCGUCUCGUUACCUGCAGCAGCCACAGCCACCUUCGACGUCGCCGCAUUCCGCCAUCCGCAAGACUUCUCCUGGCCUGGCCGCACGCCUCAAGGCGCUGGGCUUUGGCGCCGCCAAGAGCGAGCCCGAACCCGUGAACAGCGGCAGCCCCUCGGCGGCCCGCGACCGUAUCGGCCGCUUAAACGAGGCCCAGCUGCGCCAGCUUGACCAGAAGCACCAGGCUUCCGCCAACGACCCCACCGUCGUCAAGCGAGGCCGUCCUUGGAAGGGACUCGGCAGCCGUGCCAUUUCGCUCCCGUCGCUCCGAUCCACCACGUCACGGCCGGACCCGAAACGCUUGCGGCCCCCCCCCUCGCCUCGCGAUUCCAACCCUGCCUCGGAUACCGCCCUGCCUCCAUCCUCCCCGCUGCCCAGCUCCGACCCAGGUUCUGAUCUCGACGCGAGCCCAAAGCUGCCCGAGAUCAGGACCCCGGAGCCCUUGGCGAUGGAUACGCAAAAGUACCGCCUCCCCGACCACACAAACGGCAACGGCACAAAGGUCACCCUCGAGACGCGUCGCGAGCACGUAGAGCGCCAGACCAACCCACCCACCAUCGCCCUCGGAGAAGAAGACGCGCCGCCGCCGCCGCCGCCGCCCAAGGACCACCACGUCUCUCCACCUGCCGCCGCCGCCGCCGCCGCCGCCUCCUCCACCACGCCCUCUACCCCGGCCGACGCCGACGACUUUGUCCCGGGGCUGGGCUCCUAUUUCACCCCGGGCCACAACCGCCCCGGCUCCAUCUACACCCUCUCCCGCGCCUCCUUCGCCAACCAGCUGGCCCAGCUGACAUCCCUCCAGCUCCCCGACGCCGAAUCGCUCUCGAGCAAGGUGUCGGCCAUACCCACCGCCCAGGUGGCCUCCAAGGCCCUCAUCAAUGCCGCCGAGCAGAUCCGGAGCUGGAUCUCCAAGGCCUCCGAGGUCAUCUCAGGCCUGGACAGUGACGACGAUGUCGAGUGGUCCGCCGCCGGUGGCAGGGAGGGGUUGGCCGAGGUCGAGAGCUCCAUCGGCCGUUUCGAAGACCUCAUCAAUGUCUACGUCGGUGCCAUCGAGGAGCUGCAGGAUCGCAGAGAUAUAGCCAACGUGCCCCCCGAGGACCUGCACCGCGCCGUGUCCCAGAUGGAGGCCGUCAUCAGCGAGUGGGCCAGGGUCCGCACCUCUCUCCACAAUGUCCGCGCCCAGGUCGAGAUUGCCAUGGAGUGGGAGGAACUCUGGAACAACGUCCUCGGCGACAUCCAGGCAGAGAUGGACGAGCUCAGCCGACUCGUCUUCGAGAUGGAGGAGAGGCGCCACAGGAGCAUGGCAGUCGCUGCCAGCGGUGACAGCGUCGACAUUGGCGACCUCGAAACCAUCGUCGAGGACACCCCGCCGGCCGUCCUGCGCCCCUCGGCCCAGAGCCGCCUCAGCAUCGUCCCUUUCCCCGUCAGCCCCGGCUCCGUGGGUGCGGGCGCCAGCGCCGGCUCUGCCUCGCCCAGCCUCUCCCAGGACGACUCGAGCCUGCUUGCCCUGUUCGCCCGCAUGCAACCGCUGAGGGCCUCGCUCGACUUCGUGCCCAUGCGCCUCUCCGUCUUCCAGGCGCGAGCCGAGAGGUCCUUCCCCACGGCGUGCGACGAGCUGGAGAUGCGACGCUCGGGGCUCGACUCCAGCUACAAGAAGCUGGAGCAGGACGCCGAGUCGCUCCGGAAGGAGCUGGGCGAGGAUCGAUGGGUCAUCGUCUUCCGGGGUGCCGGCCGCCAGGCACAGAAGAUGCACGAGUCCAUCGAGAGGUCCAUGGUCAAGCUCCGGGAGGCCGUGGAUGCCGGUAUGCAGCUGACCAACGCCCCUGUGCUGUCCAAGAAGCUGGAGAGCUACGAAGCCAAGAAGACGCACUACGGACCCGCCGUCGAGCGCGUCCUGUCCAUCAUCGACAAGGGCGUCCGAGACCGGCUCACGGUCAACGGCGAGAUCCUCCGUCUCGACACCGAGCUCCAGGCGAGGUGGGCGUCUCUGAAGGAGCAGAUGAAGGAGACGGACGCCAUCGUCGAGGAGAUCCAGGCCGACGGCAAGGGCCAGCGGCUGAGGGACUCCAUCUCGAGCAUGCUCUCCAACGACAUGUCGACCGCCGGCAGCGGCCACGACACACCUGGCAGCUCUCCGCCCUCGUCCGUCGUCAUGGCCAGCCUGGGCAUGGACCACCAGUACACGCCUGGGUCCAGGCAGGCAAAAGCGCGUUCGCCCAGCGUCCACGGCAGCAUACCCCAGAGCCGCAGACACUCGUCGCUGCCCGCUCCCCCCUCGGCCACCAAGAGGAUCGCGGGGUCGCGUCUGUCGACCGUCCCGAGCGCAGCUACCUCCACCCCCCUGCCCAAGAACCGCACCCUCCCCCGGCCGGCCACCGUCGACCACAGGCCCAAGUGGAACGGCUCGACCAACACGACGGGCAUCGACACCGGCCACAACUUCAAGCCGCUGAGCCUCACGACGCCGAGCCCCUACUCGGGGCCGCCACGGAUCGCAAACGCGCGCUCGGCGCCGUCGAGCGCGUCGAAACUCCCCAUGGCGCGCAGCCCGCUCUCGAGGGCGACAUCCGACUCGCACCAUGUCGACGACGCGCCCGCCAACGCGGGAGGUUCGCGGCUGUCGUUCCGCGAACGCCUGGCGUCCCCGGGCACGUCGCUCCGGACAGUUCAGAAGCCCCAGUUCACGAGCCAGACGUCAGCCCCGCCGGCGGCGUCGGCGAAUCGACGGACCUCUCUGCAGCCGCCCCGGGCCGCAUCCGCCAUGGAUGUGCGUCCCAGCCGUCCCCUCAGCUCGCUCGCCUCGACCAGCCGACGGAGCAGCCUGCUCCCCCAGGCCCGCACCCAGCGCGAGGGCAGCGCCGGCAGGAUCACCCCCCAGCCCGCCACGUCCUCGUCGCGCCUCAGCUUCCGCCAGAGGGAGACGCAGCAGCAGCCCAAGGAUAAUCGGCCGCCCGUCUGA